AUGCAGGACAAAGCAAACAUUCUCUUGAUCGGCUGUGGUGGCAUCGGCACCAUCAGUGCGUUGAACCUCGAAACAGGAGGCAAAGCUGCUGUCACGGCGGUUCUGCGCUCGAAUUACGAGCAUGUCAAAGCCCACGGCUUCUCCAUCAAGUCUGUAGAUCAUGGACAGGUGGAAGGCUUCCGUCCAUCAACUCUCCGCAACACAAUUCCAGAUGUUGAGAAGGAGAACCUUCCCCCAUACAAGUACAUCAUCGUCACCACCAAGAACUAUCCAGAUGUGCCACCGACAGUGGCAGAAAUUAUCCGGCCUGCCGUCACCCCGGGGUUUACGCGUAUCGCUCUGGUCCAGAAUGGCCUCAACAUCGAGAAGCCCCUCAUUGCCGCCUUCCCUACAAACAUCGUCCUGUCCGGCGUCAGCUUCUGUGGCUCCCAUGAGGUGGCCACGGGAAAGAUUGUCCACGAAGAUGAUGACGAGCUAUAUGUAGGAGCUUUCCGCAAUCCAAGCCUGAACCCCGAAGAAGAGGAUGAGGCCGCGAAAGAGUUUUGUGAGAUCUACGGAGCCGGCGGCAAAUGCAAGCCCGAGUUCAACCCCAACGUCGGGUUCAGCCGCUGGCGCAAGCUGCUGUACAAUGCCUGCUUGAACUCGAUCUGUGCCAUCACGGAUCUGGACACCGGUCGCAUCCAGCUGGCUGACGGAGCACUGGACAAUCUGGUGCGACCGGCCAUGGAGGAGAUCCGGGCAGGAGCCAAGGCAUGCGGACACGAUCUACCCCCCGAGCUGGUGGACUUUAUGAUCACAAUGGACCCCAUCACGAUGUACAAUCCACCCAGCAUGCAGGUGGAUGUGCGCAAGGGGCGGUUCUGCGAGUAUGAGAAUAUUGUUGGCGAGGCAUUAAAGGAAGGCAAGGCUCGGGGGGUUCCGAUGCCCACCCUGACGGUGUUAUAUGGUAUCCUGAAGGCCAUCCAGUGGCGGACCAAGGAGAGGAAGGGGCUGGUGGAUAUCCCAGCGCCCGAGGACCACACUGUAAAGAAGUAA